AUUGACAUUUAUGGAUGUGGCCAUAGAAUUUUCUCUGAAAGAGUGGCAAUGCCUGGACACUGCACAACAGAGUUUAUAUAGAGAUGUGAUGCUAGAGAACUACAGAAACCUGGUGUUUCUCGGUAUUGCUUUCUCUAAGCCGGACCUGAUCACCUAUCUGGAGCAAGGAAAAGAGCCUUGGAAUAUGAAGAGACAUGAGACUGUAGCCAAACCCCUAGUUAUGUGUUCUUAUUUUGCCCAAGACCUUUGGCCAGAGCAGAACGUAAAAAAUUCAUUUCAAAAAGUGAUACUGAGAAGAUAUGGAAAAUGUGGAGAUGAGAAUUUACCACUAAGAAAAGACUGUAAAAGUAUGGAUGAUUGUAAAGUGCACGAAAGAGUUUAUGAGAAACUUAGCAAAUGUUUGACAGCUACCCAGAGCAAAACAUUUCUAUGUUAUAAAUCUGUAAAAGUUGUUUAUAAAUUUUCAAAUUCAAAUAGAUGUAAGACAAGACAUCCUAAAAAGAAACCUUUUAAAUGUAGCAAAUGUGACAAAUCAUUUUGCAUGCUUUUACAUCUAAUUCAACAUAAAAUAAUUCAUACUAGAGUGAAUUCCUACAAAUGUGAAGAAUGUGGCAAAGCCUUUAACCGGUCCUCAUACCUUACUACACAUAAGAUAAUUCAUACUGGAGAGAAACCAUACAAAUGUGAAGAAUGUGGCAAGGCUUUUAACCACCCAUCAACCUUUAGUAAACAUAAGAGAAUUCAUAGUGGAGAUAAACCCUACCAAUGUGAAGAAUGUGGAAAAGCUUUUAAGCAGUUAUCAAACCUUAAUAACCAUAAGAGAAUUCAUACUGGAGAGAAACCCUACAAAUGUGAAGAAUGUGGAAAAGCUUUUAAUCACUCCUCAAGCCUUAGGAAACAUAAGAUAAUCCAUAGUGGAGAAAAAGCCUACAAAUGUGAAGAAUGUGGCAAAGCUUUUAAUCGCUUCUCAAUCCUUAGGAAACAUAAGAUAAUCCACAGUGGAGAAAAACCCUACAAAUGUGAAGAAUGUGGCAAGGCUUUUAACCACCCAUCAACGUGUCGUAAACACAAGAGAAUUCAUAGUGAAGAUAAACCCUACAAAUGUGAAGAAUGUGGAAAAGCUUUUAAGCAGUUAUCAAACCUUAAUAACCAUAAGAGAAUUCAUACUGGAGAGAAACCCUUCAAAUGUGAAGAAUGUGGCAAAGCUUUUAACCAGCUAUCAACCCUUACUAAACAUAAGAGAAUUCAUACUGGAGAGAAACCCUACAAAUGUGAAGAAUGUGGGAAAGCUUUUAAGCAGUCAUCAACCCUUACCAAACAUAAGAGAAUUCAUAGUGGAGAGAAACCCUUCAAAUGUGAAGAAUGUGGCAAAGCUUUUAACCAGCUAUUAACCCUCACUAAACAUAAGAGAAUUCAUACUGGAGAGAAACCCUACAAAUGUGAAGCAUGUGGGAAAGCUUUUAAGCAGUCAUCAACCCUUACCAAACAUAAGAGGAUUCAUAGUGGAGAGAAACCCUUCAAACGUGAAGAAUGUGACAAAGCUUUUAACCAGUUUUCAAACCUUACCACACAUAAGAGAAUUCGUAAUGGAGCAAAGUCCUUCAAAUGUGAAGAAUGUUGCAAAGCUUUUAACCAGUUUUAUAAACUUACUGUACAUAAGAGAAUUCAUAAUGGAGAGAAACCCUACAAAUGUGAAGAAUGUGGAAAAGCUUUUAAUCACUCCUCAAUCCUUGGGAAACAUAAGAUAAUCCAUAGUGGGGAAAAACCCUACAAAUGUGAAGAGUGUGGCAAAGCUUUUAAUCGCUCAUCAAUCCUUAGGAAACAUAAGGUAAUCCACAGUGGAGAAAAACCCUACAAAUGUGAAGAAUGUGGCAAGGCUUUUAAUCACCCAUCAACCCUUAGUAAACAUAAGAGAAUUCAUAGUGGAGAUAAACCCUACAAAUGUGAAGAAUGUGGAAAAGCUUUCAAGCAGUUAUCAAACCUUAAUAGCCAUAAGAGAAUUCAUACUGGAGAGAAGCCCUUCAAAUAUAUGUUUUCUCAUGAUACUCAAGGCCUCUUGAGAAAAAAGCGCAUAGAAGCAUCAUUCCAAAAAUUGAUAUUGGAUAGAUAUGGGAGCUGUGGCCCUCAGAAUUUACAUUUAAGAAACCAUUACAAAUGUAAAAAAUGUGAGAAAGUCUUUCAUGAAUGCACCAACCAUAUCCAUCGGAGUAUCCAUAUUCAAGAGAAGUCUGCCAAAUGUAACAAGUGUGUAGAAACUUUUAUGCAGUCAUCAAAACAUACUCAGCCUCAGAAAAUCCAUGUUGGAGAAAAGUCACACAGAUAUAAUAAUGGUGAGAAAAUCCUUAGUAAAUUGUCAAGUCUAAGAGACUAUAAGAUAAUCCAUAAUGAAGAGAAACCUUACAAAUGUAAAGAAUGUGACAAAGCCUUUAACCAUCGUUCACACCUUACUCAACAUCAAAUAAUUCAUACUGGAGAGAAACCAUACAAAUGUAAAGAAUGUGACAAAGCCUUCAAUUCUAGUUCACAUUUUACUGUACAUCAGAGAAUUCACACUGGAGAAAAACUUUACAAAUGUAAAGCAGGUACCAAAUAUUUUACUUAUUCUUCAAAUCUUGUGCAUCAGAGAAUUCAUAUUGGAGAGAAACCUUACAAAUGUAAAGAAUGUGGUAAAUCAUUUAAAGUGUCUUCAGCCCUUACUCAGCACAAGAGAAUUCAUAUGGGAAAGAAGCCCUACAAAUGUAAGGAAUGCAGCAAAGCCUUUAACUGUAGGUCGUACCUAACUAAACAUCAGAGAAUUCAUACCAGAGAAAAACUUACACAUGUAAAUCAUGUAGCAAAUCUUUUUCUUGUCCCUCAAGUCUUAUUAUCCACCAGAAAAUUCAUACUGGAGAAAAACCCUGUAAAUGCAAAGAAUGUGGGAAAGCCAGCCUUUAAUUAUAGUUCACGCCUUACUUGA